AUGCAGAGCUUUCUGCUCAUUCUGCCCCUCAUUGGGCUAUGGGCUGUAACGGCGGCGGCAACAGAUACAGCCUACAAAACACAGGACACGCAACAGCCGCCUUCAUUGGUCACCUAUUUGACCACAUCGACGACAUCGAGUCAUAGAAAUGUGCCACACCAGUCGCCGGUGCCCUCGCCGCCUGCCAUGCAACCGGCCUUUGUCUAUGGAGCAACAUUGCCAAAGCAGGAGGAGCCGUCGGAGCAGCACAAGGAGCAAUCGUUGAGUAAUAUACAAACGGGAAUUGAAACUGAGGCCGAGGCAUCAAAGAAAGUCAUUGGUUCCAGUGUGGUUUCCUCUGUAUCAGUGGUCUUGGAUGGCAAUGAGCCGCACUUCACCGAUGCCUUGGGCCACAAGGUACCCAAGCCUCAGCCUUCAUUGCAGGUGGCCAGUCCCAUUGAUCUGCUCAAUCCGGAUAGGUAUGAGUUCUAUACUUUUGAUGAGCAUGGCGAAUUGGUCAAACGUCUGAUGACCAUGCAGGAAAUUCAAAGCAUAGUGGCCAAUGGAGAUGGUGAAGGACCUUCCAUCAUACAUACCGCCCCCCUAACAGAACGAGAACCUGAGAAAAAUGUGCAAGAUAUUGUGAACAGUGUGCAGAAUGUUCUCAACAAAGAGGUGGCCUCGAGUUCUAGCAAGAACAGCUCAGGCGAACUGCUAUUACCCAUUCUGGAUACGCCCGAUGUAUCUUCAUCUUGGUCUUUGAUAUUACCAGCCAUUUUUGGUAAUACUGGCGGCGACAUUUUCCCCCAACAAAAGCCACCGCAAAUUGCUAUGACCCCAGAAUCGGAACUAGUCGACAUCAGCUCCACAUUAUCUCCGCCUUUGCCAACUACUAGCAAGAGGCCCAAGCCACACAAACGCAAGCCAGCCAACAAGCGUAAGCCAACCACCACAACUAGCACCACACAAAUGACACCACAGGUGGUACAGGAAGAGCUCGAUCCCCAGGAAUCAGUUUAUACGGGCAUGCAGCAAUAUCAUCAUCAAAUCACACAAGACUUUGAUCUAAUGCAUAUGCAACCAAUUUAUCAGAAACUUUCCACCACCAACAAACCGGAAACAACUACUCGAAGGGUGUUCUAUAAUAAUCAAGAGAUCAUACAUACGCCCACCUCAUCGAGCAGUGCUCCAACUACAACGGAGAAAAUUGUCUAUAACCAUCAAUUGGGCAAGAAGCCAGCCAAUGUGCCACAUCGUGUGAAGAAACCAAAUGGCUCUUCAGGAACCACACAGAAAAAGAAGAAAAUUACGACAACAACCACCACUACAACAACGCCGGCACCAACAACUACACCAGUUCCCGAAACAACUACUCCAGUGGCUGAGUCAUCGACCACAACAACAAUUCGUACUCCACCAUCAACCACGCCCAAAAAGAAGAAGCGUAAGCCAACACGGACACCAGGAACGGCCACAACUGGCAGUAAGCCCACGAAGCCCAAACGUAAGCCAACUACUGCAAAACCGAAACCUUCGCCUCAAAUUGCAGAAGCUAAUGUGAAACCUACGCGUCCUCAAAGACCGCAUAAGAAACCCAAACCCACGACAACAACUACAACAACAACCACCACACCUGCAACAACAACACCGCUAGACACAGAAGAAGCUGUAACUGAGCCACUAACAACUACAGAAGCACCAAAACCUACAACCACCAGCACAACAACAACAGAAGCACCAACAACUACAACAACAACCACCACUGAAGCACCGACAACAACCACGACAACAACAGCGGCGCCUACAACAACAACAACCACUACAGAAGCUCCUUCAACAAUGACAACCACUACAGAAGCUCCUACAACAGUGACAGCUAAACCACCAGCACUGCAUCAUCAGAAAUUACAUGGCAAGACAACAACCACUAAACGUCCAAGCUCCUUGCACCACAAUCGCAUUCACGGCAAACCCGUCCACACUUCAACCACUGAAGCUAGCAAAGUGGCUCCCGCCGAAGUGCAUCACACUGAAAGUUAUGGAUUAAUCAAUAGUAUAGCAACUAAAAAGCCAACAACAAGUGCUCCAACAACAACCACCACACAUGUUGCACCACUUUAUCCCAUGCCAAGUUAUGAUGCCGAUGUCGCUGAUAAUUUGCCCACAGUUUUUGAACAAUCAUCACUGAAAAAGACUCCAUUGCCAUUGCCUUCGCUGGCUUUAAUACAACAGCAAUUGCAGCAGAGUUCGCCAUCACCUGCACCACAAUUGUCGCCCGUUCAGAUAUUGUCGAUGGAUCAAAUUGUGCAAUCGCUGACACAGGACCUAUCAACCGCUAGUGAUAAGAAUGAUGAAGUGGAGCCCCUUAAAUAUGAUAGUGCCGAAAAUAGUCAAGAAAUUGAAUAUUUGGCCAAUAAGAAAAAGGUUCCCUUAACAAGCACAACAAUCGCUUCAACGACUAGCAGUAGUACAACCACCACCAGCACCACCACCCCAAAGACUACCACUGUUGCAGCUAUAACCACACCUAUAGUCAGCACUCCCAAGCCACUUACCGCCCACUAUGGAGGCAGUACUUUGGCCACUAUGCUAUCUGAGGAGGAUACCAGCGAAGCCAAGACCUCAACAGAAUCCAAUGAAUCUUUGGAAACGAAGAAAGAUCAUCCAGACAACACACUUAGCAGCAUAGAGAUGGAGACGGAAGAACAAACCCCAGUGGUGGUUAUUACGGCCCGUCCACAAUAUUUCGCUGUAACCAAACCACCUUUACCCACAAUUAAACCAGAAACUGAACGUAUUGUUGAAGAGCCGGAGACCACAGAACUGCCAGGUCUAACACAAUUCCUGGUAACAACACCCAUGUAUAGCCCAGAGGAAGUUGAAGUUACCACGCUGAAACCGGAAAUUGAAACGAAAUCGGAACCACUUUAUGCCGAGGAGCCUGAAGCUAUUGUAGCCAAUGUAGAACAGUCAACAUAUCAGGACCAUACUGAGGCAGAAAUAACCACCGAAUCCUAUUUCCGUCUGCCCGUUUCAGAGAACAGUAGCGAAGACAGUACGGAAGUGACGCCCAUGAUAGCUGAUUUGGUGCAACAACUCAAUAUGGAAAUGUUGAAGCCAACAGAUCAAAUAUCUAUGUCAAAUUUCCAAACUCAGGCAGCUACAGUGGCCUCCACAUUGGUCGAUGGUAGCAAUACCUUAACUUCCUCAGAUUUCCACAUGAAUUCGAAUGAGACAAAAGAUGAACUUGAGUUCUUAAUGUCCGAUGUCAUACAGCAGAUAACCCAAAGUCAAGGCGAAACACUGGCUGAUGACAAUAAUGAUGGCCAUCGAUUGACCAACUUUGCCCAGUUGAAUUCGUCGUUCUUGUUGAAACCUCAGCAAUCGGUGAAAAUUGAAAAACCACAGCAGGAGAUAAAACUUGAAGAGGAGCAAGCACCUACAACGGUGCAGAAGCAGGAAAUCACCACCAUAAUACCAAGCAACGAGGAGCUCAUCAAACAGGAAACUGCUUACCUCGAGACGAGCACGCACCGCAUUCCCAUUUUAUCGUUAACGCAAAUUUAUGCCCAACAACAGCAAGAUGAAGAUGAUGAGCAGCAAAUGUUUGAAAAUGAAAGAGUCGAGCUUCAAGCAAGCCCAAGUGAAAUGCCAGACAUCAAACAGGAAGUCAAACCCAUCUACCAAGAGGCUGAGGUGGAGAAGGACGAACUGACAUCGACAGCAGACUCGCAUAUAGACACAACCGAAGCAAUCGGGGUGGCAACGACUGAACACCUGCAGUCCAUGGAACUGGAGUUGAGCAAGGAGACAACAAACGAGGCCAGUGAAGAGGAAUCAACGAUGGCCACGCCAACGACCACGGAACGCGAUAGUGAGGAACAGCAAAUGCCCGAAAUGUUGACAAAUGGUUACAACGACCAAAUGCAGACGGAAGCCAGUCAAGAACAAGAACCUGAACCAGAAGUAGAAACUGAAGUUGAAGUAGAUGGAGCACACGAACCACUAAAAGAAAAAGAGGAAUCCGUGUCCACAACAGAGAAAGAUGAGACGACAACUGGCAUUACCGAGCUACCAAAGGCUGAGGAAGCAACAACAACGAGAACAACAAUCAGUCCUUACGAAGAGGAGCCCGAACAAACAUCAACGGAGCAAGAGCAAACAUUGGAGGAUAGUGCAACGAAUGCAGCACAACUGCAGCCACAAUAUAUCGCAGCCAUCAGCCAGGAAAAGACAGAGAAUGAGGAGGUAGAGAUGGAAAAGGAGAAGGAGGAAUUGCCGGUUACCGAAAUACCCGGUGAUAUGAGCAUAGUAUCGUCUGAAUCGGAUAUGUCGCUCAGUUCAGAGCAAAUCACUGAAAAGCUUGAAAUGAAUACCGUAAAAACUUCGCAAUUGGGUGAUGAAUCCACAGAGGAAAUAUCUGAUGAACUGACAGCCACACUACCAGAUGAGGAUGCAACCAGUGUGACAAGUUCACAGAAAUUCCAAUUAGACGAUGAGGAUCCAUAUGUUAAGCUGGGCGAGACAACGGCCAGUGUGGUUAGGCCACCGCAAAAGUAUGAUACGGAGGUGAAAACUGAAAAGGACGAGAGUUCUAUAAAAUCCACUGAGGAGCAGGAGGCAGAGAAAAAGAAGGGGGAAGAGGAACAACCGGAUGAGGAAGAUGAGGAUGAUCAAACUGGCGGUUAUCAAUUACCUUUGCUUAUUUCCAGUACUACAACUACAACAACAACGAAAACAUCGCCCGCAAGUAGCAGCAGCACAACCACCACAACAACAACAACAACACCAGCUCCAAGUCCAACGCCGUCUAUAACCACAACUACCAAGCGUCUGCCUACGCUGAGACCUGUUUCCUAUUACGUACAACCCUCUUCCCUAGGUAACCACAAUCAACUUGUACUUCCGUAUAAUGCCAACAGCAAUGUCAUACGUGAGCAGCCCAUACAACGACCCACGCAGCCACGUCCUGCCUCGUUGACCAAUCUUAUGGCCACAUCCACGCAAGCCACUCGACCACCAGUCAAACUAGAUCCCAGCCCUCUCUCCUCUCCCGGCUUGGAGGCAUCAGUACAUCACCUGGAUGAAGACUUGCAGUCCUUCUCACGUCUAUGCAAUGAGCUAGCCUUCAGCUAUUGGCGCGCCAUCACCUCGGAGCGGAUUAGUUCGGCUCGCAGUUUGGUCAUCUCACCAUUCGCCUUGACCUCCAUGCUGUCAAUGAUGUUCCUGGGCGCCAGAGGCAGUACUUCGGGUGAAAUGAACGAAAUUCUCAAGCUGGAUGACAUGGUUACCUUCAAUCCUCAUUUGAUAUUCCGCAAUAUAACCAGCUCAGUGGAGCAGGCCAGUGAUAGUGAUAUAGCCACCGCUGCAUUUGUGCGUGAGAUAUUCAGUGAUCGUGCGAAUGGCAAAAUUUUGCCCUUUUUCAAGGAGAAAACGCAACAAUUCUAUGCUGGACAUGUUGAGGAAGUCAAUUUCCAUGUGGUCAAUGAUAUAGUAAGGCGUCGCACUAAUCUUCUUGUGAAACGUCACACAAUGGGCAAGGUCUUGGAGUAUCUGCGUACGAAUAGUGUGUGGGUCAAUGGUCCAUUGGCCACCAUAUCGGCUAAUCUCUUCCAGACCGAUUGCUCACGCGGCGGAUCCACAAUUGACAGAGAUGGCGAGAUGUUCUUCCAGGUGAAUCCCACAGUACGUCAGCGUCGUUUGGUUCCCAUACCAGCUGUGGUCUAUCGCUCUGGCUUUACAGCCGGCUAUGAACCGAAAUUGGAUGCCACAGUGGCGGCAUUUGGUCACAGCCAGGAUACAGUCAGCACUAUCUACGUAAUGCCAGGACAUCAGAGUUCGAUUUCCCUUAUCGACAACCAAUUGGAACGACUCGAACGUCAAUUGGUCGAAAUGGCCUUUGGCGAAGAUCAAGGAUGGAGUAAACUAUUGACUUCUCUAAUGGAUCGUCCUGGCAUGGAAGUGCAGCUGCCACGUUUCUCACAUCGCUCAUUUGUGAACGCCUCGCUGGGUCUUCAGAAAAUGGGUCUACGUGGUCUCUUCCAAUCCGACUUUGCUGAUUUACGCGGUCUUACUGGUACCGGCAAUCGUGAUAUAUUCCUCUCCGAUAUGAUUCAGAUCAACACAUUUAGUACUUGCGGCGAGGAGAAAAUAUCCGAACAUCAUCAUGUGGAAAUGUAUCCAGCACCUCCAUUACGUAAACGCAACAAGGAUGUUAAUACCCAAGACGAUGCCGACGAUGAUGACGAUGACAUUGUAGACUUUGGCUCACUGGUCCAUGAGGAGACUCAACUGGGACGCGGCUUCUAUGAUGAUUUACUUGAUCCCAAAUAUCUGGAGCUGCCAUUGCCAUUAAGACCAAGACAGGCACGCGUGCCAGAUGCACCACGGUUGCGUUUCGAUAAGCCAUUCCUUUACUUUGUGCGACACAAUCCAACGGGCAUGAUUCUCUUCAUGGGACGCUUCAAUCCACGCCUGCUGCCAUGAUUGCCAUCAACAUUUAUCACAAGCGAUAUCAUGGCGAAAAGUUUUUAGAAAAAUUUGCCAGCAAUUAAGUUAACCUAAUCUUUAAUUAUCUUUCCCCCACUCCACUUGCCCCUGCCCCUCAACAGC